GUCUAUAUCUUAAUAGGGAUUGUCAAGAAACGCGGGUUUACAUUAUUUUCCUUUUUGAAGAGUUCGACGACAUAUAAGAUCUAGAGUACGGCUAUUGCAACUGUUCAUCGAGACCAUCAACCCCAACAUUAUCAUUUAAGUCUCUUAUUCACAAGCCAAAAUUUCCACUAAGCCUAGCAACUCUUGUUCUGAACUGCAUCCACAUAAUGGGAUCCAUAGACCAGAAACCCGGUAUGCUACUGGUGCACCCACGUUUACUUCACGAGAGCGGAGAUUUCAGCCCAUACUUCUGGCGGUGGACGAAGCUGCAUUUCAGAGACAUGCUCAACAUGUCCUCGGACAAAGAUUCAGACGGCAAAGUCACCUCUUGCCUACGGUUCGCCAGAUCCGAUGAAGGAAAUGGUUAUGGACACAACCCGGAGGUAGACACAAAGCCAAUGUUUGUGUACGCAUGUCUUGUUGACAACUUGGACAUUUUGAAGAGUAAGGCAUACGAUGAUGUAAGCCGGGUUUUGAACUUGGAAACCACAAGGGAGCUCGGGGAGGAUGAGUACCCAGUAGGAUACAGUGGACGUUUGGAGCAAGAGGGCAAAGAGGCAACAGUGUUCGACAUUGUUAGUGCCAAGUUCGCCGUCUAUGAAGAUAUUCCAACGGGAGGCGGAGCGACAUUUCAGAACUUGCCCCCGGAUUUGUUGUCUCCCUCGGGCACUAUGCCUGAUACGCUCUCGACCUACCUGAUUGCAGUAAAUGUCGGACUCCCUGUGACUGCAGGCGAUGACAUGAGGAAAAUAUCCGAUAUGCUGUUGGGACGUCUCAGAAAACUUCUUCCCAAUUUCAUCAAAACAUACUCAUCACUCUACCGCUGGAAGGGCAGGGAGGCUCAGCCAAAGGAUCACCCAUUCACCGACGCUGAAAAGAACGCUGGGUGGAUGUUCAUGAUUUGCGUAUCUGGCCCGAUAGGACCUUUUUCUGACAUUACAGAGUGGAUACCCAAAGAUGUAUUCGAUCGUGCGGUCGGUUCGCUUGGAUAUGGUGUCGAUGUCCAAGUGGGGGAGAUGGUAGGGAAGGAUGUGCCGCGAAGCUAUGGAAUCUGGGAAGGAAACAUUUUCAUGCGUUAGGGAGAACCAUGACUGGAGCAAAAGGAAAUGACCCAAGGGAUCAACAAAAUGCACUUCACGCUUAGCUGUGCCAUUGGUGUUGCGACGGAUCAGAUUCAACAUUUGAUAUGUAGAUGCCUUGUAUAUUGCGGGAUUGUGUCUUUGUUUGCUGGUAACUAGCAAUCCUGCUUUGCUAGGUAUGCACCCAUGUCGCGAAAUUCAAACAUCAAUCGCGCACUCACAUAUCUCAAGUAGUCUCACCUGUGCAGUUUUAACCGUACACUAGACCAUUGCUCUGCACACUAAACAAGGGAAUGUAGCUGAAGAUUAAAGAUAUACAUAUUGAUGCGGGACCAGCGGAUGGGAAGAGUUGAAUGAACUUGCCGUUGUUGAAUAAUAAUGUAGUUUCUCCAGAAUUAUCUCACGACGAUAUUCAUUUGAAGAAUGCUAUACAUAGCCCCG